GCUGGUGUAUAUCUGUGGGCCAUUUCACUUUUUUGUCACCCCUGAGAAUUAGACCCUGUGCAAUGUCUAUAUGAACACACCCCAGUCCGGUACACUCCAGAUAUAGGAGAGGUGAAAGAGUCGAAGGGAAACCCGAGUUGACAGAGGACCCAGUUAGAAUAAAAGAGCUCCAAGAACAAAAAUGCUUCGACUUCAGGUCUGGCUACUCGCCUUGGUUGUGACGGUAACUGGACUUUCUGACUCUUACUACAAAGCUCGUCAGGCAUUUAUAGAUGAGGAACUGGCCAUGAGAGUUGGGGCUAAACAGAUUCUGAACAGAAAGGAACAAACCGUGAACAAAUUUCUGAUGAAUCUGAAGAAUCAAACAAUUCAACAAAGUAUCUGGACGACCACGCCUUACCCUCCCGCCAUAAGUUUCUUCAAGAGUAAACCUUGGAUAGACAACAGCACCAUUUACAAAAUCAUUAAGAUGAUGCCUAAAGGUGGUGUACUUCAUCUACACGACUCGGCCAUGACGUCAUUGGACUGGGUCAUCAAGACUCUGACACACUUGCCUAACUUGUAUACACGUGUAGAGCCUGGCAGAUACCCUACGAGAAAGUACAAGUUCUCAGACACGCCUCCUGGACUUGAUUGGCAGUCCAUGGAUGAACUGAGGUCAGCAGCGAACGAUCCAGACGAGUUUGACGAGCAGCUUAUCAUCGAUACAUCCAUCUGGGUGAAGGACCCAUUCCAAGCCUACCCUUCAGUUAACGAUGUCUGGGGCAAGUUUGAGACCUACUUCUCCUCGAUGAAAGGUCUUGUGGCACCCCCAGAAAAUUUGAGGAGCUACUUGGAGCGAGGGAUUCGAGAGUUUUACGACGAUGGUGUCCAGUACAUCGAGAUGAAAACGGGAACUAAGUCUGACGCUAAUGGGAAUGACGCUACCGAAGCUUAUUUGGAGCUAGUACUAGACAUUGUGAACCAAUUCAAAUCGGAGCAUCCAGAUUUUAUAGGCGUCAAAAUUAUUAUAGCUGGACGCAGGGGGGCGUCAUCCCAAGCUGAUAACAUCAAGAAAACGGUGGCGUUGAUGAAAAAGUACCCUGACCUGAUCAAAGGGUUCGACCUGCUCCAACAGGAGGACAACACCCACUGGACCGUCGAGUUUGCCAAUGAACUAUUAAGUGAAGAGGAUGGCCAGUCACGUGCUCCAUUCUUCUUUCACUCCGGAGAAACAGACUGGACUCAGUGGGUAGAUUUUAACUUGGUGGACUCAGUGCUAAUGAACGCUACUCGUAUUGGUCACGGCUACGCAGUGUAUCACCACCCGAAGGUCAUGCAGGCCGUGUUAAAGAAUCAAAUCGCCGUGGAGCUGAACCCAAUCUCAAACCAGGUCUUGGGUCUUAUCAAUGACCUCCGUAAUCACCCUGGUGCUUACCUGAUUGCUAACGGCGCCCCAGUGGUCAUCAGCUCUGAUGACCCACCAGUGUGGCUGUCUACUCCACUAUCCCACGACUUCUAUAUGACCUUCAUGGCUCUCGGUGCAGUCCACGAUGACCUUAGGCUCCUGAAACAGCUGGCUAUCAACUCAAUCACCUACAGCACCAUGACGUCUGAGGAGAAAGCAGAGGCCUACGACAUAUGGCAGUUUCGCUGGGACGAGUUUAUUGAUGCUGUGAUAACAAAAUAUAGUCUUAAAUUUGGACUUGAUAUGAAAAGACCCUCUCAAGUUUUGGGACCGUUAACUUUACAAGCAACAACAACAAAAAGUCUUACGUACACAUUCCUGUUCCCCUUUACCACAUUUAUCUAUGUAUUUUGUUCUCGCUAAACACAAAUGAAUAUCAAUUUGUUUUUAUUAACCGACAUUGUAUUUGUAACUCCUUUGAAUGUAAC